UCCCUGACAUCUCGCGGCUAUGUGAAGACCCAGUUCUCUUGGAAUUACUACUACUACUCCCUCACGAACGAGGGUAUCGAGUACCUGCGCGAGUACCUCCAUCUGCCAUCAGAGAUUAUCCCCGUCAGUGCCCGCCGCUCGACUGGUCAUACUCCAGCUGAUCGCAGGUAUGUCUGUACAUGCAGAACACACACAAGAAGGCAGCCCGCGCAACACGUCCCGGCGCACCACCCCAGAGAGACGAGAAUGCCACGGGAGCCUACCGUGCUCCUCGAGGCGCAGACGAGGGUUACCGACGUCGAGACGAUGGCGCAGAGAAGAAAGAGGGCGCAGAUCCAGGCUUCCGCCCGAGAUUUGGCAUUGGACGUGGCGCUCCUGCAUCAUAGUGCUCGCUCUGUAUCCUUGGCGAUCUCUUUGCAUGCCCUUGUGACUCACAAUCGCGUCUCUCUCUCUCUCUCUUGAAGAGGCAUUGUGCAUGUCGUGCAAUCAAAUACAAUAGCGAGUGCAUCACGCUAGUCGCCACGUAGUGACGUCGUUCCAGAGCA